GAUGAGCAUGUCAUCAACCAUUCCCGGACGUCGGCUGUUGCAAGAGGACAAUUUGUUUUCUCCUUCUCAUUCUUGACAACUCACCUGCUACCCGGCUGCGGGGGAAAGCGAGUAUAACAAAUUAGACAUUGAAGGCAGCGUUUUUGACGUUACACCCUUAGACUGGGAUGGUAUCAUGGAGGAAGACAAUCAUCAAGACGGAGAGGCUCAAGAAGUGAAGAUUUCUGAUUCUCAGCCAGAAAGCAUUCCACCUGCUGACAUCCUGUUGGGGAAUCAUGAGUGCCCCGAGCCUGUGGAGGGAAAUCAUUCUACCGCUGAUGACCGCAACCAGUCUGUAGAUUCACAACCGUCACAUGUUGGAGCAGAGGAGUCGGGUCUGGAUGCAGAUGUGCCUCCUCACCUGGGAGCAAAGUUAGAGCCAGAGGAGACAAAAGACUCAGACUGUCUGAAUAACAUGUCCACUCAUUUGGAUGGAACAGAGACUGAGGUUAGGGUCACUGACAAUGACCAGAGCGACUCGGGGGAGUUUGUUGUUACAAUGCUAGCUAAGGCCAAACUGGAGGAGCAAGGUAUUGGUGUAAAGGGGAGGCCAUCUCCCCUACUGGAGGCUGGAAUCCAGGAAUCUCCUUCAUUUAAGUCCCAACGUGAUGAGGAUGUCACUACUGACAGCUGGCGGCAACACAGGAAGCAUGUUUUUGUACUAAGUGAAGCCGGCAAGCCAAUUUAUUCCCGAUACGGCAGCGAAGAGGCUCUGUCGUCUACAAUGGGAGUCAUGAUGGCGCUGGUGUCUUUUGUCCAAAGUGGAGAUAAUCUCAUCCGCUCGGUGUAUUCAGAGGAGCACACUGUGGUGUUCCUGCAGAAAGGACCCCUGGUUCUGGUGUGUGUCUCCAGCAGUCGUCAGUCAGAGCAGCAGCUGCUAGGAGAACUCCUCUACGUGUAUUACCAGAUUAUCAGCAUGCUCACCCAGGCUAGCAUAUCCCGCAUCUUUGAGCACAAGAAAAAUUACGACCUUAGGAGACUUCUGGCCGGCUCGGAGAAGAUCCUGGAUGGCCUUCUCAACCUGGUGGAUUCUGACCCCAGUUUCCUGCUGGCUGCCGUGCAUUGCUUGCCCCUCGCUUCGUCCCUCAGGGACUCUCUCAGCCAGAUCCUACAGAAGGCCAUCACACCCAAUCUGGUUUUCUCCAUCCUCAUCGCCAAGAACCAACUGCUAACCAUCGUCCAAGAGAAGACAGUCAUCGAGGACGCAAGGCUGGAGCCAGCUGAUGUUCACCUCCUGCUCAACCUCAUUGGAGCCUCCUCAGCCUUUCAGGCUGGGGAGAUCUGGACUCCCAUCUGCCUCCCGCUCUUUAAUCCUGACUGUUACUUUUAUGCUUAUAUUUCUUACCUGGACCCUCCAGAAUGUACCGUCUGUCUGCUGCUGCUCUCUACCGACAAAGAGGCUUUCUACGCUGUAGCUGAGUGUAAGAGGAAGAUCGAGGAGGCCAUGUUGACGCAGAACUCCCUGAGCCUCAUCGCCAAAGCUCAGUUGUACAGCGUGAACCAGGUUGGCGUCUCAGACCUCAGGCACUUCAUGUACAAGCCCUUCGAUGUGCCGGACAACUACCGCCAGCUCACACAGUUCACCAGCCCGGAGAUGGAGGCACCGUAUAGCAACGAAGAGGAGAAAAUGCGACUUUUGGAUCUUUACCGCUACAUGCACAGUCGCAUCCACAGCACCUCACGACCCCUCAAGCUCAUCUACCAUGUGGCUGAGAAGGAGACUCUACUUGCCUGGGUCACCAGUAAAUUUGAGCUGUACACCUGCUUCAGCCCUCUGGUGACAAAGACCUGCGCCAUUACCGCCAUUACUAAGCUUCUCAGAUGGAUUAAAAAGGAGGAGGACCGCCUCUUCAUCAGAUACCCCCCUAAGUAUUCAACCACCCCGAACCCCAACAAGAGCUCUAAAAGCAGCAAAUCUGAGCAACAAGACUCCACAGACAAUGGCUAUUUAUCUCCUCUAUAGGACUCGUGUAAAACACCUGCCUUGUUCUACGCUGGUUCAGACGUUUUCUGGGACUUACUGGACUCCACACGCACUGGCUACUAGAAUCAAACACAGUGUUUUACACUAUUUAGAAAGAAACGAUCACCUGUAUCAUUUCUGUACGUGAAAACAAAGCAUGCCUUUGGUUUACUGCUUUUGUACAGAAACGGUUAAGCAGCAUUAGUCAGUUUUAGGCUCAACUGUAGUAGAACCUAUUUGAAUUAAUAUUUAAAUGUUUUUAAUUUGUUUUAUUGCAGCAACUAGAGAGAAUCUUUCCUCCCUGGACAGUUAUCGUAUCACUCUGAUAACGGUUCAUUAAUAUGCUACAGGAUAUUUAUUCAUCUGUUUCUUGUUGAGAAAGACACAAGUACUGCAAAAUAAUUACUACAAAUGUUUUUUUAUUUUUGAUGCCAUUUAAGCUAAAUUAUGAACUGUGAUUUUCUGUAGAUCAUCUCACACCAAAUCAGGAAAAUUCAGACGUUUUACCUCUUUUCUUCCCUCUGAAUGAUAGUUUUUCCAAGAGGUUUAUUAAUGAGCUCAUCGUUGCAUCGUGUUAUUUCAAGUUUUAUAAUUUUUCUCUUGUAUGGUAAAAUAAAAUCCAGGUUGCACACACUUUUAGUUAUGAAUUAUGUUGACAUCCAAUAAAGGAUGAACACGUUCGUGCUUGUGGAACUAAUUAAUUUCAUGUCAGUAAUGAGGAAAAUAUGCUGCUGCUGGGCUUUGUUGUAGUCUGUGCAGAGCUUUUGAGAGGAAAAUGUGAUUUUAGGAUAUUGGAUUAAAUAAUUAACUACUGAUAAACUUCAAUAACACAUAAUGAA